AUGCCAGAGCCCGACGCUAGCUCGCCACUUCUGAGCAGCAGCAACAUCAGCAGCAACAUCAGCAGCAACAUCAGCCGCGACGGUGAGCGCGAGCUACACAGCUUUGCUGGCCAGAGAGCAGGGAUUUCUGCCUGGUGGAGGUCGCGGAGUCGCGAUGCGCUCUCCCUGCUCACGGUUCUCCUGUUUCUUGGAAUUGGCCUGGGGAUCUGGGUCUACGGAACCCUGCCCACAUCCGACCAAGACGAGCACCCGCAUGAGUACGCUCUGAGCACGGGCCGCAUUCGCGAACACCUAACACGGCGCAACAUUACGAAUGCCAAGGCUGUUGCGGUUGGCGGCAACGGAUGUGUGGCCGAUAAUGUUGGCAACGUUGCAGGCAAGGUUGCAGUUCUACGGGAGAGCAGUGGGUGCUCGAUAUUCGAAUCCGCAUACAUGCUCGAGAAUCUGGGAGCCAAGGCGGUGGUCUUUGUGCGCUUGCCCCGGUUCAAGAGCCCGUCGACGGCGCGUGUGAGAAUCACCGACUGGAAGGAGGGGGACCCGCUCAUGUCGAUUCCUGUGCUCUCGGUGACCAGUUCUGUGGGCCAGCUGCUGCUGAGCACCGAGAUUGCCGCCCAGCUUAAUAUCGAGACCGACACGAGCAUCGACAUUGUCAAGACAUUCAAUGUCAUUUGCGUUGGGCGUACAGGUGACUCAUCCAGCACGGUCUUGGUGGGCUCGCACUUGGAUUCGGUUGCCGCUGGUCCAGGAAUCAAUGACAAUGGGUCGGGCUCGGCCUCGACGCUGGAGAUUCACCUGACGCUUUCCAGGAUUGAAUUUAAGCCACGCAACCGACUGGUAUUUGCGUGGUGGAGUGCCGAGGAGGAUGGACUGCUGGGGUCACGUCACUUUGCUCGCGCAUUGGCUCACGGCUGGAAGAACCGGUGGUCUGACGAUGAGCCCGUGGAUGUGCGCUGGGAGGACAUUGCGCUGAACCUGAACUUUGACAUGCUUGCCUCGCCCAACUACAUUGCACAGGUGCACAACGGCACAGACGCGCCAGAGAACGCACGCACGGGGUCGAGGCACAUCCAGCGCGUGUUUGAAGACUUUUUUGGUCGCCAUAACUAUCCACACCAGGUUACCGACAUGCUGGCCGGGUCAGAUUUUGUGCCGUUUAUUGAUAAUGGCAUUCCAGCUGGCGGCGUGCUCACUGGUGCUAGCGAGAUCAAGUCAAUUGAAGAGCGCCGCACGCAUGGCGGCUUGGCUGAUGCUGCUCUGGAUACGUGCUACCAUCGCGACUGCGAUACUCUGCUCAACAUUAACAUCGACGCUCUUGGAAAGAUGUCUAAGGCUGCUAUGUAUGCUAUUUCUACACUGAGCAGAAUGCCAAAUCUUCGCGAUGAGCUGGCAAAAGAAUUUUGAGAUGUUUUGCUGAGCCUUGCCUCAGUAAAUUCUAGCUAUGCCAAUUCUAAAUUGAUAGAUAGCCAACAAGUAAUUAUUGAUGUUUAUGUUGAAAGCUGAAAAUAGCAAGAGUAACUAAUUGUUUUGCCUAAUUGAAUGUAAGGGCUCAUACAGCCAAAUUUACCGAUGCAUUGGCAAGUUUUUUAAAUAAAUUUUUGGCUUAGCUAAUGUCAAUAAUAAUAUCCUGUUGAUGCACACCAC